AUGGCCAGGCUGGGAACGGACGGGCAGGGCCCGCUGGCCGGGGAGCCGGCGGACGCUCUGCAAGGAUGGGUGAGCGGCAGCGGCGUAGAGCAAGUCAUCCUGUGCCGCAGCCGUGAAGAAGCGCACAACACUGCGGCUGCUGCGGACAACAAUCUGGCGGUGCGGUUUGUGACGCGCGCAGACCUGGGCACUUUGUCAGUCAAGGAGGAGCACGACUGGCGCACCGGCGCGCAGGGCCUCACCACAAUCAGUGUGCCUGACGCGUCAGGUAGCUGGUGGCUGUAUCCCUUCAGGAUCACCCUGCCAAAGGGCGGCGGCUCUGUGCGUGUGGUGGCGGGCUCAGCGCAGCUGGCUGCCCAGCUGGCGUUCCUGAGGAUGCUGGAGGCGGCGGUCGGGGUGGAGGAGUUGAAGACGACAGCUAUCGCGCACUACUACGUCACCGGGCCCAACAUGCCUACGGCGAGCGCCGCGGUUGCCUCCCAGCUUGGCCACUGGCAACAGGCUGGCUGA